CCUUUAUCUUCUUCCUCAUCAUCUUCCACAACCUUUCCUUUCCUUUCAUUGCUUCUAUCACCCUUUGACGCCAAUAAAGUCUCCACAUUUCUACACUAAACAUAAACACCCCCUCACCGCUUUAAUUUGACUCUCUCUGUAAUCGCUUCUUCAAUUUAAUUUUUCUCUAUUCAUCACUUUCUUCUUUCUCUGGGCUUUUUAUGGUGGGAAUUGGAGAGGGAUGGCUGUGGAAUUGAUGAUGGGUUAUGGGAAUGAUGGAUUUGCUGUGAAGAUUGAGGAGACCGCCGUGCAGGAGGCGGCUACCGCUGGGUUAAAGAGCGUUGAGAAUCUUAUUAGGUUGCUUUCUAAUUCGCCGGAGUGUGGGGAUGGAUUUUCUGCUUCGGUGUCGGAGACGCCGCCGGCGGAGGCGGAGUUCCAGGCGGCGGCGUUGGCUAACGCCGCCGUCACGAAGUUUAAGAAGUUUAUUUCGUUGCUGGACCGGACCCGGACCGGGCAUGCCCGGUUCAGGAGAGGGCCGGUUGGGAAUCAGGCCGGGUUGGAAGGGAAGAAAAUAGAUCAGGAACCGGAACCAGAACCGGCGGCUCCGGCGGCCGAUGCAUCGGAAAAGCCGCUUAGUGGGUCGAAAAUCUACUGCACAACGCCAAUCCAACGGUUACCGCCGCUUCCCCACCACCACUUCGUGAAGAACGGAUCGGCGGCGAAUGAUCGGAAAGAAUCGGCGACCACCAUCAGCUUCUCCGGCACCGGCGCGGCUGCCUCUCCGGCGGGCUCUUUCAUCUCAUCGCUCACGGGGGAUACAGACAGCCUUCAGCCUUCUCUCUCGUCGGGCUUCCAGAUUACAAACCUCUCACAAGUUUCCUCCGCCGGCGGCCGGCCGCCGCUCUCCACGUCGUCGCUUAAACGGAAGUGCAAUUCCAUGGAUGACGUCACCCUAAAAUGCGGUAGCGCCGGUGGGUCCGCCUCUGGUCGUUGCCACUGUCCCAAGAAAAGGAAAUCAAAGGUGAAACGAAUUGUAAGAGUCCCUGCAAUUAGCUUGAAGAUGGCUGAUAUCCCACCAGAUGAAUACUCAUGGAGAAAAUAUGGUCAAAAGCCCAUCAAGGGUUCCCCACAUCCAAGGGGGUAUUACAAGUGCAGUAGUGUAAGAGGAUGCCCAGCGAGGAAGCAUGUGGAGAGGGCAUUGGAUGAUCCAACGAUGCUGAUUGUAACCUAUGAAGGGGAGCACCACCAUUCUCAUUCCAUCACUGACCCACCGCCGGCGAUGAUUCUCGAGUCAUCUUAGCCGUCCGAUCGAUCACUCUCCCGACCGACCACCAUCUCUCCACGCCCAGACCAGGAUCACAACAGAUCUAAACAAAUCAGCACCGUCCACGAUUCAGAUUGAGGAGGGCCCCACUCAAUAAUUUGUUGCAUACAAUGAUAGAGGAUGAGUAUAUAUGUUUCUCUUUCAUGAUUGAUUAUUCGCCGUUGAAAGCCUUUUGAUUUUGCGUGGAAUGUUUUAGAAGGAACAGGAGAGAGAGAAAGAGAGAGAGAGGAUUAUGGAUUUGAAAAUUUAGUUGUGCAAGAAUUAGGUAAGUUUUUUGUUGUUUGAAGAAAGUGCUAAUGUUUUUAUACCUUUUAAUUACAUAUUACAAUUGAUGUUUAUAAUUUGCUACAUCUUAUUUACAAAAUUUUGACAUUCAAUGAUUUUAGAGAUGAUGUUAAUUUCA